CCCCGUAUUUAUGUUCCUGUGUCAAAAAAACGGCUAGCUCGCUGAAUACGGGGCAGAUCAGCCGUUAGACGUGGCUUACGCCAUAUAGGCGCCGAUAACAAUAAACAGAGACGCCAGGAUUUAUUUCGUUUUCAGCCACACGACGCAUUUAACCAAGUUCGAGGACGGACUCGUUCAGCGGAGUGGAGAAAUUAGCGAGGUUAGCAUUAGCCAGCUAGCUAAUCUCAGGCUGACGUCAGGCUCCGGUUAAGCUAACGGGAGAGUUCGGUCGCGUAACCGAGAAAAAAGGGACCUUUUCCGGAUUCAUUUACCUCCAGAUUCCCGCUUGGUUUUAUUUUCGAAGUUAUGUUCGAUCCAGCUGAUGUGCCAGAGUGACACAGCCAGCUUAUAUAGCCGUUGAUUCCUCCCGAAGCUAACGUUAGCCUGCCCAGUUAACGCUAAGGGCUCACACCAGCUUCGUCUGCCCGGCUCUCAAGAGAGGCUGCCGUUUGGACCGGUUCCGUCUUUUUAACCCGCUUAUCACAGCCGAAAUGAACUCAAAUGUGGAGAACUUGCCCCCUCAAGUUUUGAGACUAGUUUAUAAAGAAGUCUCUGCACUGGCAGCAGACCCGCCUGAAGGGAUCAAAAUCUACCCCAGCGAGGAGGACAUCACAGAGCUUCACACUGCUAUCGAGGGUCCAGAAGGGACCCCGUAUGCCGGAGGAGUGUUCAGGAUGCGCUUGGUCUUGGGGAAGGAUUUUCCUGCUGUACCACCCAGAGGCUAUUUCCUGACCAAGAUUUUCCAUCCAAACGUCGGACACAAGGGUGAAAUCUGUGUCAAUGUUCUGAAGAGAGACUGGAAGGCAGAGCUGGGCCUCAGGCAUGUGUUGCUGACCAUUAAGUGCCUACUGAUCCAUCCGAACCCUGAAUCAGCUCUGAAUGAAGAGGCGGGGAGGUUACUGCUGGAGGACUAUGCAGAAUAUGCGUCUCGAGCCCACCUCCUGACGGAGAUCCACGCCAUGGGGGGCUCCUCGGGGGCCGUGCAGGAGGCCGGGGACGGACCCCAGCCGAAAAAACACGCAGGAGACCCAAGCAAACGAGCAGCUGGGCCCAUGACGGCGGGUGGAGCCGGCGGGUCAAACAGUAGCACUACCAGCGGCACAAACAGUAGCAACAGCACCGCAGCUGCGAAAAAGAAAACUGAUAAGAAACGAGCUUUGAGGCGGCUAUAAUGACCCGUCUGUCCUCGUUUCGUUUUUGUUUGUUUGUUUGUUUGUUUUUCUUUUUUGUCAAUAUAAAUAUUGAAUUGAAUAGACCAUAUUUUUACUCCUUUUUAUGUUUUUUUUUCUGUCCCAUUAAAGAAUCUGUCUCUUAUUUUGAUCAUUUUUAUGAUUAUUAUGCCACAAUAAUCCCGUUUGCCUCUUCUCUCUUUCGAAGUGCUACUCUCAGGAUUCUAACUUCCAUCAUGACAACUCGCAAUGUAUUUCUCUCAAGGAGAAAAAUGGGUUCAUUUUUGGAAGAUCAAGUGUGACUUCAUUGUAUUUUUUUAUUAUUUAUUUUUCCCCCCCCUUCUUUCUUUUCCCUCAUAUGUCAUAGUAGCCUUUACACUCAUGUCAGUAUUUCAGUCUUUGGCUUCACCCAGAUGGUUUGAACGUUUCAGCUGAUUUGGUUGAAUUCCUCUUUAUUUAUUUGCCGCCAUGUCAGUUAAACACCUGUCGAGUUUUAAAUCUGUAACGUUUUUCAAUGAAUAAAUCUGAUAAAUCAAA